UCACCGAUCGAAGGAAAGAGCGGAAGAUGUCGGCUCGGUCAUGUGAUCAGCUGUGUCCAAUCACAGCUGAUUGCCAUUCCUCAGAGGGGACAUGUACACUGAUCAUCAGGGCACUGAUGAUCAGUGUGCCCUGAUGAUCAGUGUGGCCCCAGAAGUGCCACCUGCCAGUGCCCAUCAGUACCACAUGAAUGCCACAUAUCAGUGCCUACCAGUGCACAUCAAUGCCACAUAUCACUGCCCAUCUGAGCUGCCUUUCAGUGUCACCUAUCAGUGCCAGUCAGUGUCACCUAUCAAUGCCAGUCAGUGCCACCUAUCAGUGCCCAUCAGUGCCGCCUAACAGUACCCAUCAGUGCCGCCUAACAGUG